CAGUAGAUUGCUAUUAAUGCUGCGUCGUGUGUCAGUAGAUGUUAUUAAUGCUGCGUCGUGUGUCAGUAGAUGUUAUUAAUGCUGCGUCGUGUGUCAGUAGAUGUUAUUAAUGCUGCGUCGUGUGUCAGUAGAUGUUAUUAAUGCUGCGUCGUGUGUCAGUAGAUGUUAUUAAUGCUGCGUCGUGUGUCAGUAGAUUGUUAUUAAUGCUGCGUCGUGUGUCAGUAGAUGUUAUUAAUGCUGUGUCAUGUGUCAGUAGAUGUUAUUAAUGCUGUGUCAUGUGUCAGUAGAUGUUAUUAAUGCUGCGUCGUGUGUCAGUAGAUUGUUAUUAAUGCUGUGUCAUGUGUCAGUAGAUUGUUAUUAAUGCUGUGUCGUGUGUCAGUAGAUGUUAUUAAUGCUGUGUCAUGUGUCAGUAGAUUGUUAUUAAUGCUGUGUCGUGUGUCAGUAGAUGUUAUUAAUGCUGUGUCGUGUGUCAGUAGAUUGUUAUUAAUGCUGUGUCAUGUGUCAGUAGAUUGUUAUUAAUGCUGUGUCAUGUGUCAGUAGAUUGUUAUUAAUGCUGUGUCAUGUGUCAGUAGAUGUUAUUAAUGCUGUGUCAUGUGUCAGUAGAUUGUUAUUAAUGCUGUGUCAUGUGUCAGUAGAUUGUUAUUAAUGCUGUGUCAUGUGUCAGAUGUUAUUAAUGAAUUAAUGUCAUGUUUUCAGGUCUUUUUGCCAGUUUUUUGGUAGUUAAAAAUACAGUUAAUAAUUAUAAAAAAAGUAAUUAUAAUUAUAAUGCAAAUUAUUUAAUACUAGAAUAUUUAAAGUAAAUGAUUAUAUUGUUUGUUAUUAACUGAUUAUGUAUUAAUAUAAUAAUAUGCAGUGUUUCACUGAGCAGUCAGACAGUAACGGGUUAAUAAGCCCGGUGGUGGUGGGGGGGGCAGUUAGACUGAGGAAGAACAGGAGGAGGAAGAGGAGGAGGAAGAGUGUCGGUGCAGCAGCUCCAUCAGUAAACAGUCGGCAACGGACAGUAACGGUCGGUAACGGGCAGUAACGGUCGGCAACCGAAAGCAAGGGUCGGUAGCGGACAGUAACGGACGGUGAUGAAGAUGAUGCUGCUUCUUCAGCUCGGCGUUCAUGUGACUUCUCGUGGAAGAUGGCCAGUCAGCAUUAAGCUAGCUUCCAGUGGACAGGGGCUCUGAGGUUAGACAAGGGAUCAUGGGAGAUGGAGGACCCCUACAGACCGAGGGGAACGCCCUUCUCAAAGCAGUCUUCCAGGGGAAGCUGAGGCUGACCCGGCUGCUACUGGAGGGCGGAGCUUACAUCAACGAGGGCAACGAGCGUGGAGAGACUCCAAUCUCUGCUGCCUGCCUGGCGAGUUACGAUGACCCGCAGACCCGGCAGAAGAUGGUGAGGUACCUGCUGGAGAAGGGUGCCGAUCCGAACAUCCCCGACAAAAGUGGGAGGACGGCACUGAUGCACGCCUGCGCCGAGCAGGCAGGCAAGGAGGUGGUCUCACUCCUGCUGGAGAACGGAGCCGAUCCAAGCCUCAAAGACUACUCCGGCUCUUCCGCCCUCGUCCAUGCCAUCAACAGGGGAGACCGUGACACUCUACAGGUGCUGCUGGAUGCCUGCAAGGCGAAAGGCAAGGAAGUGAUUAUCAUCACCACUGACACGUCUCCGUCAGGCACCAAGAAGACCAAGCAGUACCUCAACUCACCCCCCUCGCCGGGCAUCGUGGACAAACUGUCUCCAGCCUGCAUGUCUCCUUCUGAGGUUGAGAUCGGCACCUCCUCACCAGCAGGAGACAAGAGCAAAGACGAGGAGGGAUUCUUCAGCUUUGCACUCACCUCGGCUUUACCUUUACCUUCAGCUCGACCUCCAGGAGAAAAGAGACCUCCACCACGCAAGCUGCUGAAGAGGCUGAACUCGGAGCCCUGGGGCCUGGUGGCGCCCUCGGUGCUGAGUGGGGUUCCUCAGGAGCGGGUUGCUGGAGGUCUGGAGGAGGAGGGCAGCUGCGACCUGAGCAGGAUGAUCACUGAGAUCAACGGCCUGUCCAUCACAGAAUCAGUGAGACCUCUGUUGUCACGGCGACACAGCAUUGAGACCCACGACCCCUGUUCCCCCAAACUCAUCGACCGGUCCUGCUCCGAGGACUGUGCUGCCCUCUCUGGUUCCUCCUGGGCUGAUAAAGUGCAGCAGCACCAGAUCCUGUACCGCAGGAACACAGCCCCAGAGUCCCAGGAGAAUGCCGGUGGCCCGGGGGCUGUUGCAACACGGGCCCUGGCUCAUCCCAAACUGACCCGUAUGGAGCACUAUGAGUCAGACACCCACCUCUGCCCAGAGUCCAUCCCUGGAUCUCCGGACUCUGGUCGGGUGUCUGUUGAACGGAGGAGGUACAAUGCCUCACCCUUGUCCCUGGUUACCAGCUCCUCCAGGGAGUCUCUGGAGAACAUCCCCAACUCUGUGUCCCCCAUCACCAUGCGCAGGCGUCACCCUGGACUCUUGGAGCGCAGGGGCUCUGGGACCCUCCUGCUGGACCACAUCUCCCACACCAGGCCUGGCUUCCUGCCUCCACUCAACAUCAACCCCCAGAGACCCAUUCCCGACAUCCGGGCCAACGGCAAGCCCACCUCCCCCAUCCACUCCGGGCACAAGAUCCUGGUCCCUGUGGCCCCAGCUUCGCCCAAACGGGGCCCCGACUUCAAGAUGAAGAAGAAGCUGAUGAGGAGACACUCGAUGCAGACGGAGCAGAUGAAGCAGCUCUCCACUUUCCAGGAGAUCCUGGCUGAGAAGGUCAUCGAGUCCAAUGGGGAUUGAUGACAGGAGCAAGGCAUGAUGGGUAGCUGCAGAGACUCUCAGGGUGGUGAUUUACUGUGAAGCUUCAUCAGAUCAUCACUGACGAACUCUGUGACACAUUUAAAUCCAUGUUCUGGUCUCUAUGGAGGGCUGCAGUGAUGAGUUUAAAAUAAAAACAACUAUAUACAAACGACUCAGUUAACAAGCUCUGAGAUAAAUUAAUUAACACAGUGUUAAAGUCUCCAUGAACCAGGAAGCAGAGUGCAGUUUGUGUUUCCUGUAAAAACUGGCAGUACGGAGGAACUUAUCGUAGAUAUUGAUUGGUGUCUACAGCAGCCAGUAGCUCACACACGCCCCCACUGCUGUGCAGCUAGUGCCAUAACCAAUCUCCAAGACCAUCAGGGAACCUGUAUCAAGGUAGUUUUCUUGCCGGGUUCGGCUCCUGGCUGAGUCAGUUAGCUUAGCUGCACGGCUGACCGAGCUAACAGGAGUUAGCGGUUGGCUACUGAUCAAUCUGUCAAUCAGGAAACUCUGUAAAUAACGUUGGUACUGUAACAUUAUUCCGUCAGUCUUGGAGGCUGUGUUCGAUCCCGGUCAGGCUGCUGAGCCCGGUUCUGUCGACCGCUAACAGCAGAUACAGUUAGAAGAAGUUAAUUACCGGUUAGCUACUUUAGCUAAAGCUAUCUGUCCAUCAGAAAACCCUCAGAAAACUCAAUCACAGAGAGUUAAAGCUGAGCAGCCGGAGGACAUCAGAGGGAAAACCAGAAUAUAUUUUGUCUAUAAAAUCUGAUCCAGUUUUACCAAAAUCACUGAAUAAAGUUAGAAAGUUGAGCUAAUGUAGCUAUAAAGUAGGUCUUUGUACUCAGUGAGGCCAUAGAUUGUCUGUAACAGCCCUCAGAAACACUCCGGCAGCGUCAGAAGAGAGAAAGCGUUUGAUUGGACGCAGCAUUAGUAUUCAUUCGACUCAUAUGUCACUGUUGCUUUGCGCCGCUAUCUUUAUGACCGACUCGGGCCGAUCGCGCCAUAGUCAGUAUCCACACUGUUUUUUUUAGUGUGAGAGCUCAAAGACCAGUUGCACAUUUUGAUUUGUUAUUUGUUAUCAUGCAGGGCAGCUAAUUAAACAUGAUGCCUGGAAUGCAAUAGAAUGUGUUACGUUUUUAUGUGUCUGAUGGUGGGGGGGGGUACGCGAGCCGAGUCAGCAUGUGCGGGAAAAAAAGUUUGGGAACCGCUGCUGUAGCAGGAAGCUGAAGUGCUCACUAGCAGCACUGACAUCAACAAUGAUCAGAGUAAUCCACCACAAACUGUUCCCAUACAGUCACAAUCGCCUCGUUUCCCUUCAUGUUCUUUCAAUGAGUAUAAACCAUGGACUGUAUAAAAUAUAAUCACAUCUGACAUUAAAGAACAUUAUCCAGAUUAAUGACAGCUAGCUGUGAGCUAAGUGACACGACUAAGAUGAGUGGUAGCUUGCUAGCUGUCAGCCACUUAGCUACAGUGUUGGGAGUAACAGCAUUUCAGUAUAACAGCGUUACUAACGGCGUUAUUUUUUCAUUAACGGAGUAAUCUAAUUAAUUACUUUUCCCAUCGUUGCAACGCCGUUACCGUUACUGAGAAUGUAAAGUGGCGUGUUACUUGCGUUCCUACAAUGUGGUGAAUGAAGCGCAGCGGUGUCAGGCUUUCUGACAGACACACAUCAGCUGCCGGGAGAGGGCAGGGUGGUGAUGAUGAUUGGCUGGGUGGGCGGAUGCCCUGCUCACGCUGUCUCACUGCACGCUGUCUCACUGCACGCUGUCUCACUGCACGCUGUUUCACUGCACGCUGUCUCACUGCACGCUGUUUCACUGCACGCUGUUUCACUGCACGCUGUCUCACUGCACGCUGUCUCACUGCACGCUGUUUCACUGCAUGGUAACUACUUCUAUAAACACAAGACAGAGACAAUGGCGACGAGCCAGAGAAAUUCAAAGGUAGCGUUUUCAAACUGGAAGUACCGACAAUACUUCUCGCUCACUGAAGUUAAAGGCAAGAAUGUUUAUGUAACAUGCACGCUAUGCCAAGGAAAAAAGACUUUAUCCACGUCUGCCUGAAGUAUAUAACUAUAACUAAUUACUUUUUUAAAGUAAGAUGCCCAACACUGCUUAGCCAACAACUCGCUACCUAGUCAGAGUAAACUACCACCAAAAUCAUACAGUUGAAUUUGUUUUAUAUAAUACUUACAUUUCCCAUGAUUAAAUCUAAAUCCUUGGCGGCUAUGUGCAGCACUUUCACGUCUUUCACCCAUCCAGCCACAGCAUAUUGAUAAGCAUCAGUACUCUUGAAAGUCUUCAAGCUAUCCCCACUGUACGGGGGGGGGUUAUGCACAAGAUAAACGUAUAUAUCAUGGAAAGCCAACUGGGGCAAGCCUGGGGCAGAUAAUAAGGGACAAAAGAAAACUGGGGCUAACAAAUAAGGAUCGGAGCCUAAAAUUGAAAUUUUCUCCAGAUCUCUCUCUCUCUCAUUCAAAUGGGCAGUGUGGGCGGCCAUACUGGGUGAGAUCGGUCGUCAAUAUGGCGGCGUUCUAUUUGAUAGUGACGUAGGUGGCAUCUAUGAAUACGCCCCCGGGUGCAGGAUGAGUCAUCAAAUACUUUCAAUGAUUAUCAGGACACUCUAAAAUAUCAUUAAGAACACCUGAAAAUACCUGAAACAGGACUUCCUGUCCCUGUUGGACCGAAACCAGAGGACAGGAGACGUAUUGAUUAAAACACUUUGAUUCUGACUUGAUGGAGACUUUAAUAUAUGUUCUCUUCCUGGUAACAGUGGAAAUAGAAAUAAAAAUAAGUUUUUUGGUGAAACGGAUUUAAAGUUGUUGUGGCUGCAGCUCGCUGCUGAAGCUUCCUCUAAACCUCCACAAUCACUUAUUGACUUCAGUUACAAACUGAUGAAAGUAUGAGAAUGAUCUGACUUGUUCGAUGUUUACAGAUGCACUAUUUGCACUGAGGUCGUGUCCAUUUUUCUUACGGUGUCAAAUGAAAACAUGAACCUUUUGCUGCAGCUGAAGUUUAACUGAUUAACCUGAGAUCGGCUCUAAAACAAACUGUUGUCUUUGCAUUGAUGAAGCUGAUGUAUUUAUUGGAAUCAAUUCAUCAGCUCCUGUUCUGACUAAAACUACCUACUGCGCUGUACGUACUGUAAUUAUCUACACUAGUCCAUAUAAUAACUGGUAUUUUUUGUGUAAAUGGUCUCUGAAUGAAUUACCUUUAUUUUUCAGUUCAGAGGGACGUUAGGAACGUCCGUCCUGAUGUUUCUUUAACGUCAAUGUUCACAGCACUGAGCUAAGAUUUAAUUUGAUCUAAUUUGUGUUGAGAUGAAGUUAAAUGUAAUGUGGUUUUCUUGUUUAUGAAAUUCCAAAGAAGUCGUGUUGAGCCAAAACCUGCUGAGACUGUAAAUACUGUAAAGAUGUGCAAUAGAGCCUGUACUGUACCGUCAACCCUGAAGCACUUCAUCUGGUUCAACACACAACAGGACAACAUGGGUUCCAGCCUCAUCUCUGUGUCCAUUACAAAGGAUGCUUAGCCUAACUUUGCACAAAUAUAAAAUCUUAAAGGGCUGGUCAUAGCAGAAAGUGUCACAGUGAAGGUUUCUAGAGUCUCGACUGCCGUAGUGACGAGUCUCAUGGUUAGUUAGUGAACUAGUGUAGCUGGAGUGCUAACUGCCAAAAUGCUAACACAAUGCCAACAGAAGUUCAUCAUUUCACUCCAAAAAAGUUACUGAGGAGGGAAAAAAAAGUUCUCUGAAUAGCUUGUUUGCUAGUUAGGUUAGGCCUGUGGCUAACAGUAGUCUACACUAAAUCUCCGGCUGAUGCCCUUCUGUUUGCUAACCAUGUGUAUACCAGUUUAUAUUCUAGCUAGCUAGCUAGCAGCUAUAGUUGGAGUAUGAAAUAAAAUAUGUGACUGAGGGAUGGGGGUCGAUAGUUAGCAACAGAUUUAAAUUCUAAAGUUGUUUUUUUUUUACCUUUUCAUGCCUUUAUGCAGAGAGAGAGGGGAUUAUACGCAGCAAAGGGCCGCGGGUUGGAUUCGAACCCGGGCUGCAGCAACUCCGUAUAUCAGUCGCCAGCUCUACCGACUGAGCUAACCCUAACCCUGACAGAUUUAAACUCUGUUUAUAGCUUUAAGUCGUCCAAUUGACUGAACUUAACAGGGAAAUUCUGUUAUUUUUCCACCUGUCUCAUAAUCUCACUGCUGAUAUACCGUUAAAUUCUGACUGGUUUGUGUGAGGUUGAAUAAACUGAACUGUUAUCAAAAUGAAAUCCAGGUUGAAACAUAAUAAGUAAUAUUAAGUGUCCUUUAAAAUUGUAAGUGAACAGGCACCAGAGGUUUUUAGCUUGUUAGGGUAAAAUAAAAAUAAAGAAUCUGUAAAGGUUGGAAUGUGAAUUUCGAGGCUAAGCUAGGGUACGCUAAUAAUUUUCAGUGUUUGUGCUAAGCUAGGCUAAAUGUAGACCUCUGUAGACACACAGAGAAGAAAUGUGACACUGAUGUUAACGUGUUUUUAUAAAGUUUUAUUGAAACAAGCGUCUUUGAAUGGCUCCAAGAAUUGUUGAUAAAGUUUUACUGCGACUGAAAUGUUGAAUGAAGAUAAUUUAAAGAACUGAAAUGCAGGUCUGAAUGUUUUCGUCCUGAUGGAGUCGCUCUGACCAGACGACUGUGUUUGGUUUUACUUUGAAAGGCGACAACAGAGUACGUGUUCUUCCUCUUUUAUUUAGACAGGUGUAUGACAUCACCUGUGACAUGUCAGAAGAGGGAGGAGCUUCCGCUAAAACUGUCAAACAGGUACCGAGUGUCAGAGUCUUUCUACUGGUGUGUUUGAUAAAAUCCAGUCUGACAGUUUAAACAGGGUCAGACUGGUUUAAACUGGUCUGAUGGAUGGACCAUGUUGUUGUACGUAGAUACUUGAAGUUUAAUCUAAAUCAAAGUAUUUUUGUACGCUUGUUAGCAGACAGAAACAUCUCUAAUGAAUCUGUGAUCUAUUUUUCUUCUUUCAUUCUGAUUGUAACUCAAACUGUGGAAUAAAAACAUUUGUUUCAUGUUCAACAUUUAAA